GCUAAUUCAAAUGUAUUCAUACCCUUUGAUGCUGUGAUAGUAUUGUCUACAAGGUGCUAAAAAUUUCAAUAUGAUAAUGCAGAUUCUAGAUCCUAAUUCUAGAAUUGUCUAGAAAAUGCUGGAUUGUAGAUGAACAUUCUUAGGGAGUAUAAAAGGGUGAGGCACAGGAUGAUUGCUGUCAUUACCAAUAAAUCAAUAUGGGAAAAAGUAAAGAGCUAUCUGAAGACCUUAGGCAGAAAAUUAUUUAUUGUCAUAAGCUGGUGAAGGAUUCAAGAUGAUUUCCAAGCAUUUGAGUAUCCCAAUUUCAACCAUUGUUUCUAUUAUCACAACGCUCCUUCGGUCUGGAGGAAAGAAGAUUCUUUCACCAAGUAGAAUAACUGUGAGGAAGGUUAAUAACAAUUUGAGAUUGUCUGCCAAAGAUAUUCAAAGUGAAUUGGCUGCAAGUGGGACUGGGGUUUCCAUUUCAACCAUAGGUUGAGUAUUGCAUGGUAAAGGUCUCAAUGGUCUCAGGCCAAGGAAAAAGCCACUCUUAGGAAAACGCCACAAGGACAAUCGCUUAAAGUUUGCAAAACGGCAUUUGAAUGAUGGAUAUGAGUUCUGGUUAAAGGCUUUGUGGAGUGAUGAAACAAACAUCAAGCUAUUUGAUCAUGCUGAUAGUUGUUACAUUUGGAGAAAAUCUGAUGAGGCAUACAAAGAAAAGAACACCAUACCUACUGUCAAGCAUGGAGGUGGUAAUAUCCUUCUAUGGGGCUGUUUUUCCUCUAAUGGCACAGGAAAUCUAGUUCCAAUACAUGGUAAAAUGGAUUCCAUAGCAUAUCAAAAGAUAUUGGCCAAUCAUCUGAAACCCUCUGCUACAAAACUUGAUUUAAAGCAAAACUGGACGUUCCAACACAACAACGAUACAAAGUACAAAACACACAUCAAAAUCUACUUCAGAAUGGUUAAAGAAUAAAAUAAUCAAGGUUCUGAAAUGGCCUAGUCAAAGUCCCAAUCUAAAUCCGAUUGAGAACACCGUGUAACAAAUUAUUAUUUUUUUUGGUUCCUGGGUAGUAAGUGUUAUUUCCUAAUUGCUUAUGCCUCAAAAGUAUAGAAAAUGGCUAUUAUUCCCCACAAACUUUGCUUUUGUGACCAGGACAGUGAUAUUUUGAAAUUUACCUAUUUUCCAGAACAUUCCAGAUAGAUUCAGUGCUGCGUAAAUUGGAGUAACUUCUAGAACUUUCUAGUAAUAUAAAUAGUAGUAUAAAUACAGGGGCCUUAAGCCCACCAGUUCAGUUUAGUUCCAGCUGCCUAAGUGGAUACAUAUCUGCAUUUUUCUGAGAUGGCAUCAAGAGGCUGCAAGCAUCCGGCAGACGCAUUUUGCUAUGUCUGCGGCCAAUUUAUCAAGACAAGAGCGAAAAAGUACUCCGUGGAAGCAUCUGCUAAGAUGUGUGAGGCCUACAAGGCAUAUUUCGGCAUGCCUGUCAGGGAUCAAGACAAACCCUGGGAACCUCAUUUCACCUGCGAGCACUGCAAAAAAACUCUGGAAGGAUGGUACAGAGGGGAAAAGAGAGCCAUGAAGUUCGCUAUCCCAAGAAUUUGGCGGGAACCCACUGACUACUCAAGCAACUGCUACUUCUGCAUGGUGGACCCUUCCAAGUGGACCGAGUUCUCUAUGGGGAGGAACAACGUCAAGUGGGAGCCACUGGUGGACCCCCGGAAGGUGCUGAUGCCACCACUGCACAUCAAAUUGGGCCUUAUGAAACAAUUUGUCAGAGCUCUAGAUAAGGAGUCGGCAGCCUUCAAGUACCUCAAAGACUUCUUCCCUAAGCUGUCUGAUGCAAAGGUCAAAGCCGGUGUCUUCGUCGGACCACAGAUAAAGAAGAUCCUGGAGUGCAAUGAAUUCCCCAAGAAGCUCACUAGUAAGGAGAAAGCGGCUUGGAACAGCUUUGUCACAGUGGUUCGGGGCUUCCUGGGCAACCACAAGGCCGAAAACUAUGUGGAACUGGUUGAGACUCUGGUGAAGAACUACGGCACAAUGGGCUGUAGGAUGUCUCUCAAAGUCCAUAUCCUUGAUGCUCAUCUUGAUAAAUUCAAGGAGAACAUGGGAGCGUACUCGGAGGAGCAAGGCGAGCACUUCCACAAGGAUAUACUGGACUUUGAACGCCGCUACCAAGGACAGUAUAACGAGAACAUGAUGGGAGACUACAUUUGGGGGCUGAUUCGUGAAAGUGAUUUACAGUAUAAUCGUAAAUCUCGAAAAACUACUCACUUCUAAAUCUUUUGUAGUCAUUUUUGUAUUACUUUAGUAUAAAUACAUGUUAAUUUGGAUUCAUAUGUUGUUUUUUCUGACUUUAUGUGAACGAAAAGACACAAAUUCGCCCGUUUUCUCAUUGGAAAUAGGUAAAUUUCAAAAUAUCAUUGUCCUGGUCACAAAAGCAAAGUUUGUGGGGAAUAAUAGCCAUUUUCUAUACUUUUGAGGCAUAAGCAAUUAGGAAAUAACACUUACUACCUAGGAACAAACAUUGUGUUACAUAGUGGAAUCAUUGGUACGAGUUGAAGAAGGCUUGCACAAGAGAAGUCCUCUGAAUUUAAAUGAACUGGAACAAUUUUGUGUUGAAGAACGGUCAAAAAAUCACUAAAGAAUCAUGCCAAAAGCUAAUUGACAAAUAUCCUAUUCGUUAUUAUUGCUAAAGGUGCCUCCACUAGCUAUUAAUUUAAUCUUCCUUGUCAGGGUACGAAUACUUUUGAAUUAGCAUUUUUGGAGUUUUGCAAAAAAAUUGCUGAAAUAAAUAAUUGCAGACAUCUAUUUCUUGUAACUUUUUCCUCAUCCACAAAAGCAAAACUUUUGCUACAAAAGACUUUUCCUAUAAUUCACGAGGCGGCUGCCGGGACUAGUGUAGUACAGAGAAGGCAGAAAGGAGGUGUUAGUGUGACAGUAACGGGCGAAGGAACCCGACUUGAAGUGGACUGUGGCCCGAACUUCUGAACAGACUGCGGUCUGGAUAGAAAAGAGAUCCCCCACCAGAGAGAGGGCUUGGUCUGAAGGCUGUGGCCCCUGGGAUCUGAAAACAUGAGAAAAACUGCUGCGACAGAGCCGUCUCGCAGAGACCUGAAAGGAAGUAACAGUAAAAGGGGUUCCCUGACCGAUGUGGUGCUGCCCUCGGACGAGGUGAGACUGUGGCCUCCGAAGCCGGGAGCGGAGGAGCGUCCCGCAGGGAACCUGUAAAGAACAAGAAUAGGUGGGUGUGACAGGCGGACCGAGAUAAGGAGACUCAAAGUCAGGAUGUGCAGGGAAAAUAAGACUUUUAAUUAAACAAAAUACACAAAACAAAAAGCACGAUGGCCAACCAAAAAGACAAACACAAAAACAGGCUUUAACCAAACUAUACCAAAAAACCCCCACUCUCUCACACACACACACACACACACACUCUCUCUCGCUCGCUCGCACGCAUAUAUGUAUACAGUACUGUGCAAAAGUUUUAGGCAGGUGUGAAAAAAUGCUGUAAAGUAAGAAUGCUUUCAAAAAUAGACAUGUUAAUAGUUUAUAUUUAUCAAUUAACAAAAUGCAAAGUGAGUGAACAGAAGAAAAAUCUACAUCAAAUCAAUAUUUGGUGUGACCACCCUUUGCCUUCAAAACAGCAUCAAUUCUUCUAGGUACACUUGCACACAGUUUUUGAAGGAACUCGGCAGGUAGGUUGGCCCAAACAUCUUGGAGAACGAACCACAGUUCUUCUGUGGAUUUAGGCAGCCUC